GCAGCGCAUGUGCACUCGUCGUUAAGCGAGCGGAUUCAGGAACGCGAAAGAAAAGUGCGAAUUGUCCUUUCUGCCUUUGAUGUACGACAGUAAUGGACUGGACUUCCUUCUGUCCAUUGUGGGCUAAACAAACCCCAGAGCAGUCUGAUGACACUAAUGCACCGAGCUGUGACAUUUCACUACCGUCUGCCUAAUGUUAGAAACCGAGGCGGAACUGCCAAUCUGCAUGCCCUGGUCCGGCCGGAGCGCAGGUGGUGGUGCACACGUACGGCUGGUCCGAGCGCUCCCGGCUUUUGGCGAUGCUCGUCAACUACAGCAGCUCUGAGGACGAGGAAAGCGAUGGUGGCAGGAAGCGGAGACGGAGCGGAGACGAGGCGGAGGAGGCUGCGUGCAGUAAGCGCGGUAAACCUGGGACGAGAAAUGACCAAACUGGUGACUUGAAGAAGCAGCCGAGCAGAACAAAUGAAAGUGGGACCACUUGUCAAGGCUCGCCUCACAUCCUGCCAGUGCCCACCAGCAUACUGGAGAUGUUUCAGGAGGACAGCGUGGAGCAGGCGUAUAGUCACAGUUCCAGGCACGGUGGACGCAUCCGUUCUUUCCGACACGAGCGAGGAAACUGGGCGACGUACGUCUACUUGCCGUACUUGGCUGAGAGUGACUUUGAAGAGCUAGCGGACCGACUGAUCUCGGCGGCCGGGGCUCAUGGGAUUUCUCUUACCAGAAUGGCGGACUUUCACAUCAGCCUCUCUCAGACGGUGGUUCUGCGCCAUCACUGGAUUGAGCCCUUUGUCCUCUCCCUGAAGGAGGCCCUGGCACCGUUCAGCAGGUUCCUUUGUGUUGCUGACAGGCUAAACGUGUACGCCAACCAGGAAAAGACGAGGACGUUCCUUGGACUGGAGGUCACACUCGGGCAGGACGAGCUCGUGCAUUUGGUUGGAGCCGUUGACAAAACCCUGGAGGCCUUCAGGCUGGCCACCUUCUAUCAGGACCCCUCAUUCCACGUUAGUCUCGCCUGGUGUGUCGGGGAUUACAAAGAGAGGCUUGAAGGCCUGUGCGCUCAGCUGCAGGGCAUCGUUCAUGAUUCAGAAGACGGUGGCGAGCUGACAAGAUUGUGGGCAGAGGACAUCCGCUGCAAAUCUGGGAACAAAGUCUUCUCCUUCCAGCUUCACUGAGACCAGCGUGCCCGCGUCUGUGCCGACUUGGCCAUCGUCGGGGUCUCCUGUUUCUUCUGACCGGCUGUGCGUGUGGAUUUAGGAGCCACGAGACAAAAUUCUUACUUUAUGUGGCACUAAGACGCACCAUGCGUGUGAGCUGGUAGGAGGAAGAGGAGGAGGUGGCACUCGCAAUCUAUGAAUGUUCCUGAAUUUUAUACAUUUAGGCCUCUUGAUGGAGUGCUUGUGCUUUUUAAGUAAUAAAAGAUUAUUGUGGCUUACUAA